ACUUAGCAUCUCGCAGAGCUGUCAGUGGAGCAGCCCAGUGAUACCGCCAAACAGGGAAAGCCCUCAGACUGUAAGUACAGUGUCUCCGGAGAAGACCGCCGCUCCGCAGUCUGCUGGCUCCACAUUGAGGGCUGCUCCUCUAAACGGACUGAGAAACACUUCAAGACAGCAAGACAAAGCUAUAGCAUUGAUUUGUUUGUAGGGGGGGUCAUGGCUGAUGUGAGUUCAAACGAGUCGUCCACCAUGGACGUGGCGAAUAGGUUUGCUCGCAAAGGUGCUUUGAGGCAAAAAAACGUCCACGAGGUCAAGAACCACAAAUUCAUAGCCAGGUUCUUCAAGCAGCCGACUUUCUGCAGCCACUGCACCGACUUCAUCUGGGGGUUUGGAAAACAAGGAUUCCAGUGCCAAGUUUGCUGUUUUGUGGUCCACAAGAGGUGCCAUGAAUUAGUCACAUUCUGCUGCCCAGGGGCAGAUAAGGGGCCUGACACAGACGAUCCCAGAACAAAGCACAAGUUUAAGAUCCAUACCUAUGGGAGUCCCACCUUCUGUGACCAUUGUGGCUCUCUGCUGUAUGGCCUCAUCCACCAGGGCAUGAAGUGCGAGUCCUGCGAUAUGAAUGUCCAUAAUCAGUGUGUCAUGAACGUGCCCAGCAUGUGUGGAACCGAUCACACUGAAAGGAGGGGGCGUCUUUUCCUCAAGUGUGAAGUCACUGGCGACAAGCUGCAGGUCACAGUGAGUGAAGGUAAAAACCUGAUCCCCAUGGACCCCAAUGGCCUGUCUGAUCCGUAUGUCAAGCUCAAGCUCGUACCAGACCCCAAAAAUGAGACCAAGCAGAAGACCAAAACCAUCCGCUCCAACCUCAACCCAAAGUGGAAUGAGUCCUUUAAUUUCAAGCUGAAGGCUACAGAUAAGGACCGUAGGCUGUCAGUGGAGGUGUGGGACUGGGAUCGGACCACCAGGAAUGACUUCAUGGGGGCCCUUUCCUUCGGUGUAUCAGAGCUCAUUAAGGCUCCAGUCUGUGGCUGGUAUAAGUUAUUGUGCCAAGAGGAGGGGGAGUACUACAAUGUUCCCAUCUCAGAGGAGGAUGAUGGAAAUGAGGAACUCAGGCAGAAAUUUGAGGAUCAAGCAGUUGUGGAAGACUCUGAUCAGAAAGCCAAGCUAGGCCCAGGUAAGAAGGUGAUCACCGAGGCAGACAACAGCCAAUCCAGCCAGCUGCCUUACAACAGCCUGGACCAUGUCAAACUCAGCGACUUCUCCUUCCUGGCUGUGCUGGGGAAAGGGAGCUUCGGCAAGGUCAUGCUGGCAGAGAUGAAGGCCACUGAAGAGCUGUUUGCAAUUAAGAUCCUGAAGAAGGAUGUGGUGAUCCAAGACGAUGACGUGGAAUGUACCAUGGUGGAGAAGAGAGUCCUGGCCCAACAAGACAAGCCGCCCUUCCUCACACACCUCCACUCGUGCUUCCAGACUGUGGACCGUCUGUACUUUGUCAUGGAGUAUGUGAAUGGGGGAGACCUCAUGUACCAUAUCCAACAAGUGGGCAAGUUUAAGGAACCUCAGGCAGUGUUCUAUGCAGCAGAGAUUGCUGUUGGUCUCUUCUUCCUGCACACUAAAGGAGUCAUCUACAGGGAUCUGAAGUUGGAUAAUGUGAUGCUGGACUCCGAGGGACACAUUAAGAUUGCUGACUUUGGCAUGUGUAAAGAAAACAUGGUAGAAGGAGUGACCACACGCACCUUCUGCGGCACUCCAGACUACAUAGCCCCAGAGAUCAUUGCGUAUCAGCCAUAUGGACGCUCUGUAGACUGGUGGGCAUACGGAGUUCUGCUUUACGAAAUGCUUGCAGGACAGCCUCCAUUUGAUGGCGAGGAUGAAGAUGAGUUGUUCCAGUCCAUUAUGGAGCACAACGUGUCCUACCCUAAGUCCAUGUCCAAAGAAGCUGUCUCCAUCUGCAAAGGGCUGAUGACCAAACACCCAUCCAAGCGUCUGGGCUGCAGCCCAGAGGGUGAGAGGGACAUCAGAGAACAUGCCUUCUUCAGACGCAUCGACUGGGAACGCCUUGCGAACAGGGAGAUACAGCCGCCCUUCAAGCCCAAAGUGUGUGGCAAAGGAGCAGAGAACUUUGACAAGUUCUUCACACGCACCCAGCCCCAGCUCACACCGCCAGAUGAGCUGGUUAUCGCUAACAUUGACCAGGCCGAGUUUGCAGGGUUCUCUUUCAUCAACACACAGUUUGUAAACCCUGCGGUCAGUAACAGCAUAUGAAAAGGAUUGGAAAACGUCCCUGAAGAACCUCACUGCCACUAACUUAAAGCAACCGCCAACCUAACAUCUGACAACAACUUGAUCAAGGCCUACUAUAGACCAUUAUAAACCUUUAAGUAUUGGUUUUAUUUGUAAGCAGCAUUCAGGGGAUGCAUUUAUGUUCUGUGCAAUAUAUUUUACAGUAUAGAUCAGAUUGGAGUGGCUUUCUGCCAUCACAAUAAAAAAAAAAUUCUUUACUCUAAUGAUAAGCAUGAACUGUAGACAAGAUGUCCUUUCUUUACUGCUGCAAUUUGUAUCGAUGGUUUACCAUAACUAGAAGUCAUUUAGAGAAUAAAUGAAUGCAUGACUAUAUGUGAUAUGAUAUGAGCGAAAGGAUAUUAAAGGAGCAUUAAGCUAGGAGAGCAUUUAAGGCAUGGAUUUUGGAAAAGGUUUUCAUGUUUUUACAAAUCUCAAUGGAUAAACAUUAUGGUCUAUAGAUCCACUUGCUUUGUCACACUUUUUUCCAUAUGGAGAAUUAUCACAAUAUAGAUAUUAUGCGAUGACCUUAAAAACACUUACGUAAGGCAGUGUAGAUACUAUGGCCAGGUGAUUCAGGUGUUGAAACUUCACCUAUUGAUUCAAUGUUUCUUGUAUCAUGUUUACAAUUUUCUUCCCCUUUGACGUCAUGGUGAUAGUAUUAAAUUCUAUUUUAGUACAAUUUGAUACUAGCUAAUCUCAACUUCCUAUGUGUGUAGCAAAUCAACUAAAGAAUGAACAGUUGUGUAGUUAGAUAAUAUGCAGCCUGUAAAAAUGGAGGUAUAUGAGACACUUGGGUAUGAAAGUAUGUCAGGGUUGGUUCCAAUUUUUAGCUUUAUAACUUAACUGCUAUCACUCUAUUUCAUCUGUUUUUAAAAGUAAUAAUUCACACACCUAUUUUCCUUAACUUGAGAUGCAGAUUGUAUAUUUCCCUUGUCAGUAAUGUUUUGGACACUUUGUGGACACCGUUAUCAGUUUAGUAUGUGGACAGUGGUAGUACAUUAUAUAUCUACCUACUUAGGAAAAUAGUCAGUGUUAGGGUUAACCACUGUCUCUGUCCCAUCCUAUGCCAAUAACUACAAAGCCUCCUAUUAGUCAUAAGUGUCUCAACAGAAACAGUGACAACAUUUUGAUAAACUGUUGUUUGUUUUUAGAAAAUAACAUUUGUGUAUUAACCAUCCGAUGUUAUAUUGCAUACAUUAUUGUGCCCUCAAGUGUAGAUACACAACACAUAUUACAAUGUUGCAAAUCAAUAGCAUUUCUUCUGACUAUUCUUUUUGUUCAGAGAAAGACAGAUCCUUUAUUAGGAUUAUGUCAACACAAUUAUUAUUAGUUAAAUAUCACCUUUAUUCAUCCCUUUUAAUUUAUUUAAUGUCUUUAAACAUAGUUUUUUGUCCCCUCUACGUUUGUGUCUUCUCAUACAUAUUGGAUCAGAUUGAUAUUUGAAAAUGUCUACUAUCAGUGCAUAACUCCUUUGUAAAUAAUCAUGAGUUAUUUAGAACACGUAAAGCAAGUUACAGUUUUUAUACCAAAACCUGAAUGUGCUUUUAUUACGUUAAUUAUGUACACCAAUAUUUGUAUGUCUCAUAACAUUUAAACAACUAGCAACUAACCCAGUACAGGUCGACUUCACAACAACUUUAAGAGUCCAGAUUUAGCAAGUUGUAAAAUAUAUCUGUUCCACUUGUUUUGGCAGAUUUAUCAAAACUUUAAUUUUCUUUAUUCAUAUUCAAUGAUUUUGAUUGUAAAUUGUGAGUUGAUUGGAUGUGUUUCUGGCUGUUGACUGUCCCUCUGUAUCGGCAUGCUGUUGGUAGACAUUAUUCAUGCACGUGAUUCCCUAAAGGCUCUAUGCUACAAAGUAUAAAACCCUCUAAAAGUUACAGUACAACCUCAAACUGAUACUCCCCUCAAAACCUAACUUUAGUGGUACGAGAUAGUAGUCCUGAAAGUUUGUACUUGUUUCGUUCUUGAAGAAUAAUAGCCAUAGCUUUGAUUUAUGUUGAUUCUAAUGGAUUCCAAUAGUGACAGCUUUUCAGGAAGGUAAAAAUUAUAGGAGGGCUGGGUAUUGUUUAAAAAAAGAUGAUAACGUACCAAUACCAGUAUCCUUAAAGCUUUAAUGCGUAACUUUUUUAUACUAAUGAACGUCCCAUACAUUCAAGCCAUUGCCAAAUGAGUUUGAAAACUCAGUAUUUCUCAGUAUGGCUAAGUUCAUGAGAUGGUGUAAGCCGGUGACUUUCACGUGCAGAAAACCUAGUGAAGAUAAUUUCCUUGUCUGAAGAGUCCAUCAUGAUUUUUGAAUCCUCCGUUUCCUCUUUAGGUACUAGCAACUGCGUGGAGGAGGGGUGGGGGUGGUGCGCAAUCACAGAAGGCUUUUUAGAAUUCCUCAUGGGGGAGACAUAAAGUACACACUAUAGCUUUACAGUAAUACGGAUACCAAUACUUCAUUUGAUACCCCUUGUGUAAAUAGAAGCAUUCAGUUAAUUGUGCAGGUACAGGUAUUGUUUGUCAGGAGACGUUUGAAUACAACACGAUACUAGGUUAUUUCUGUCGGUAUAAUUAAGGAAUUGAGAACAGCUCUAGUGGGACACGUAAAGGGUCAGACCAAUGGGAGGUGAGUGUUUGAUACUCAAAGGAUAGAUAGCAUAGUUCAAGAUUGGACAAACUCAAUGUGUUGAUCUUAGACUCUUUAAGAGAUGAUUGCAGGAUUUUGUAAUUAUAGUGCACACAAAUCACAAACCAAGUGAUGUAACACCAAAGUCCUAAUGCUCAAGCAGAGCUGUAAACUAUGUGUGAAAGCAAGAGUGGGGAAUAACAGUGAUUUUGCCAAAAGAAUGCAGAUCUCUAAAGAUGAUAGAACAUACGUUUAUUACAGUGGAUUAACAAAUGCUAACUACUUUUCAAAAGACUUUCCUGAGACAUUGUCCCAGUUCUUGAUCAGUACUUUUUGCUUUAGAAGGUUGAUAUGUGUACAUCAUGGCCCCUGGAUCCUUUUGCCUUCCCCUUUUCAGGGUGAUGUGGAACACUGAACCCAGAUCUGUGGAGAGUUGUGACUCAGAGGCAUUGCUCGUUGUUAGACCAGUGAGACCACUCGCUCUGUGUGUGUCAUAAAUGGGGUUUAUGUUAUAAUCUUAAUGUCGUGGUGUCGUCUGUUGUAAAAUGUUUGUUUCUUCUUU